AUGAAUGGUGCUCCAGGCCCCGCAGCCGCGUGGGGAGAGGCCCAGAAUGCGGAAGGACGAGUCUACUACUACAACAAAGCCACUAAAGUGACACAAUGGACCAAACCCACCGAGCUGCUGAGCCUCUCAGAACGCGCUCUGGCGAAUGUAUGGCAAGAGUAUACGACAAAAGAGGGGCGAAAAUAUUGGUACAACAAGGAGACCAAGCAAAGCUCAUGGGAGAUGCCAGAUGCCUACAAAGACGCUCUCGGUCAAGCUACCCCUGUAGCUAAGUCGGCUAUGUCCGCCCCUCAAUUUGUGGCUGGUGGUACAACGACGAUGACCAAUUUUCAGAAGGAUGACUAUCACGAGCGAUCGGAGCGGACUGGUUGGAACGAAGGGAAUGAUAAGCGCGGUCCUCCAGUAUCCGCGCAGCAAAAUGCCGACCCUGAAUACUCGACGUUCGAGGAGGCUGAGGCAGCAUUCAUCAAGUUACUCCGGAGGUCUAACGUGCAGCCAGACUGGACUUGGGAGCAGACUAUGAAGGCUACCAUCAAGGACCCUCAGUAUCGCGCCCUUAAAGAUCCAAAGGAUCGAAGAGCAGCUUUUGAGAAAUACGCAGUAGACGUACGUAUACAGGAGAAAGAUCGUGCGAAAGAGAGGCUCGCCAAGCUGCGAUCCGAUUUCAACACGAUGCUGAGGAGUCAUCCAGAGAUAAAGCACUACACUCGAUGGAAGACCGCACGUCCAAUCAUUGAGGGUGAGACAAUCUUCAGGUCCACCAAUAAUGAUACUGAGCGCCGACAGCUGUUUGAGGAAUACAUAAUCGAAUUGAAGAAGACCAAUAUCGAGCGAGAAGCAAUUAUCAGGAAAGCUGCAAUGGAUGAGCUCGUGAGCAUUCUUAAGUCUUUGGAUUUGGAACCGUAUACUAGGUGGUCUGAAGCUCAAGAGACUAUCCAUGCACAUGAGAACUUCAAAGCUGAUGAAAAAUUCAAGACGCUUAGCAAGUCAGAUAUUUUGACUGCCUUUGAGAACCACAUCAAGUCUCUCGAACGCACCUUCAAUGACGAGCGUCAACGUGAAAAGAAUUUCAAGCAGAGGCGAGAACGCCAGCAACGAGAUCGAUACGUCGACUUAUUGCGAGAGCUGAAGGAUCAAGGUAAGAUUGCAGCAGGCACAAAAUGGAUGGACGUGCUUCCAUCCAUUCAUGAAGAUCCUAGGUACGUAGCAAUUCUCGGUCAACCAGGAUCCACGCCCCUUGACCUAUUUUGGGAUAUGGUGGAAGAAGAAGAGCGAAGUUUUCGCCUCAUCCGCAACGACGUGUACGACGUUCUCGAAGACAAACGGUACGAAAUUACUACCCGCACCACGUUUGACCAAUACAAGGAUCUCAUGUCCACGGACCGACGCACUGCCCAGCUCUCUACCGAUACCCUUACCCUAGUUUUCAAUCGUCUCCUCGAAAAAGUGCACAAACGUAACGAGGAAGACAAACAUGCCACCGAACGGCACCAACGCAAGCUCAUCGACUCUCUGCGCUCGAAGAUCAAACACCUUUCCCACCCACAGGUCACGACCGCUACAACCUGGGACUCCCUUCGUCCUCAUGUCUCUCACCUCGAUGAAUUUGAAGCCCUUGAGACUGAUGAUCUACGCAAGCAAGCUUUUGAUAAAGUCCUCCGUCGCCUCAAGGAGAAGGAAGACGACAUGGAGCACGUCAGCGACCGUCACUCCUCCAGCCGUCACCACCGCGACCCUCGCAACAGUGAUUAUAGAGGUGUUGAGGGUGCGGGCCACCGGCAUGAUCAUCGCCGAGGUGGCCGAAGCAGCAGGACGCCGGAACUCGAUGUCUAUGAGGCAGAGCGUCGAAAGGCGAUGGCAGAUCGUGAGCGGCAGUAUCAUAAGGGUGGUUCCACCGGUCUGAGUCCGCCUGCUAACGGCCAUGCGAGGUCAAGAGAGCGAGAUCCUCCGCCGCGGCUUAGAGAAUACGACCGCGAGAGAGAUCGGGGAGCAAGGGUUGAUGAGGAUGGAAGGGCGCAUAGGAGAUCAAGGGCUGGAGAAGAUUUGGACUACGGUGGUAGUGUUGCAAGUGGGGGACGUAGACGGAGAGGCAGCGAGGACAGUUUAGGUAGUGUGAGGAAGAGGGCGAGGCGGGAACGAAGACGAACCCCUCCGCCAGUGGAGGUGGCACAGAAGAAGGAAGAGCCCGCGGUACAUUCAGGGAGUGAGGAAGGAGAGAUGGUCGAAGAUGAGUGA